AUGGCAAGUAUCAAUAUCCACCACUAUUUUGCAGAUGUUAAAAUUCAAUUUAUAUACACGACAGUAGCACAAGAGCUCGCUGCUGCAGCACGAGGUAAUCCGACAGUAUCUUAUCGAAGGCAAAUAUCUGAUGCAGGUUGCGCUUUCACUGAUCAUAUCACUGUUUCUGUUGUUACAUUGAGGCAUGCUUUAGUACCAAUGAGACCCGCAGAUGAUGAAUUGGAGUUUUUUCAAUAA